AAAGCCCACUUUUCUGUCGAAUUUUCUCUAGAGUUUGCUAAACCAUUGCUACCAUGUCGUCCUCGGAUUCUGUCCUUCCUUACUUCGAACUCAGCUGGUCCAUAUUAAGCAGCUUUGAUUUACUACAUGUUGUCGCUGCGUUAUUGAUUGUUCCAAUAACGGGUGUCUCGACGCUGUGGGCCGUGCCCGUUGUGUGUUCUGUCGCGUCAUCUAUCGCGAAUGGUUUGUGUUAUAUAGCAUACUACUCUGACGCUUCUACAAACUCAAAAGUGCUGGCAGCUGCUUUUGCAGACAUGUUUUGGUUGAUUCAAGAAGCUGGACUGCCAUUUUACAGUUACGACAUUCUCCGACGAUUUCUACAAGGAAAAUCCAGAAUCAUUUUCUUCUCACUCUUCUGGUUUCUUAUCGUAUCUACCCUUGCCUUCCGCGGUGCUAUCCUUAGCCAGAGAGUUCUGGACAUUCUAUCUAGCAACACCACUAGACAAGCCCUCAUAAAUAAGCUUCAUAUCGGCUAUUUCGGCUCCUUGGCUCUCCUUGAAAUCGUCAGCGCUUUCUUCCUUCUUCGCAUCUUUGUCCAAGGCAAGCGCCAAACUCGAAUUCUCCCCUCAGGGAGAAAUCUUUUUAAACAACUCAUACUCAGCACUGAGGUCAGAGUCUCCUCAUUAGCUAUUCUUGGUAUUGGUCGAACAAUUACAUAUCACUUCCACACCACGGCGCAGAGCGCUACCAAUCUAGCUGGCGAAUUAGAUCGCUUCCUAGUAGCGUGUCAAAAUUACUUCCCUGUAAUUAUGUUAAUCGACCUCUUGACUACCCGCAUCGCCAACGCCGAAGACACUAAUAGUGCCACAUCAGCUUAUCAAAGAUCUGCUGCAGGCAAUCCUGUCACAAUAGAGCUCAACCGGGUGAACAACGAAGCGCGUAAGGACAUAGAUCGGCAAACAUUUGUGCGGAUUAAGCCCGAUACAGACAAGCAGAGCUUAGAGGAUAUCACAAAACCAUGCCAGAAAGCUAUUUUAAAGUCAAGCACGUUCACUGUGGAGCGAACGGAUGUAGUAGUGCAUCAAGUUUAAGAGGUUACGUCUAUAUCCUUUUAUCUAUGUCCACGGCAGUUGAACGCAUAUCUGUAAACAACGAUACGCCGUUCGGAUGGAUCAUCAAUAGACUUUUAGUUCACUGACUGUGAAUGUGACAGUGAUUUUUCUACCUAAUACGAGGCGCGAUUUACACCCUAUAUCACGAUAAAAUAGCUUGGCGUGAGGUUCUCUAUCUAUAUCUAGUUAUUUUGUACUCUCCAGAUAAUAAUAUCAACUUCUCCAAAUU